AUGCAACGUCUUUGUGUGGGAGUCCGACGGUGUUGCUUGAGGCGGCCGCCGCCGCAAUCUCUUUCCAAAUCGUUGCCCCGUCCUUCUCCUACUCCGGCGCCCUCCGACUGCCGGCGGGCGAGGAGCUUCUUCUCGCUGCAGACCCAGAAGACGGGGGAAUGUCUUCCCGGAGAGUUUCUACGGCGGGCGUCGUUGGGGUUCUGCAGAGGGUCGCGAUUCGCCACUGGUUUCACCCCGCUGAAGCCCAAGCCAUUGGACUCCAUCAUCGACAUUGAGAGGGCCAAGGCCUGUUCGCCGGAGGACCUCGUCUCGGUCUGGGACGACGUAAGCUCUCCGCGAUGUCGUGCGGCUGUUCCUUCACAACUUUUCCUCCAUUUUUCUGUGCAAAUUCAAGAUUGACUGUCGCGACGGGAUUUCUGGUAGAUCACGGCUUUGAGCUUCAUGAAGUUCACAAAUUCAAUAAUAUAUAUACAUCAUGCAUCAUCUUCAGUUGCCUCUGUCUUUGACGUUUCAAUAUACAUUUCCUUUGGGCUGGACGAGUGGGCUGAGUUGGGAGCUGGAAGGCACCCUGGUGGGUGGGGGCAGGGGAGAGUUUCUCAGUAGGUAUAGGAAAUAGCUGAUAAAAUGAGGUCAGCCUGCUGAAGUGGAGAAUGAUGAUGCUAGUAUUCCCAGUCAUCUCCCAAGGUUUCUAAUUAUGCCGACAGAAUUCUAAGGAAUUUAUGAUUGUAAAAUUAUCGAGUCUCUCCUACUUUCCAACCAGAAAGGAGAAUGAGGUAUAUAGCUCUGGUACAUCAGGGAUCCUUGCCUUAGUUUUUGACCUAGUUAAGUCACGUUCAUCAUGCUAAUCUCAAUCUCCUAUAUACUUCAGCAUAUUCCUCGGCUAUGAGGAUGAUCAAUCGUUUGCCCAGAUCCAUAUAGCUUCAUAAUAUCGACUUUUUCUUUCAAAGAAUUCUCAUAUUUUGUAAUCGUGCGGCUUGCCAAAGUUUCUGCUGUUUGAUUUCAAUUGGCAUUCCCCCUAGCAUCAUGUAUUUCUCAAUGAAGAUGGGAUAUGUUCUUCUUGUUCAUAAACACUUCGUCGUCCAUAAAUUGUUAUUGUGGAAUUCAUGGAAUGCUCAUGUGGCCAAUUCAGAAGACAAGAAUGAUAGAUAGAAGAAAUCUUUUUGGGCUGAUUGUUUCAUUUUCCUCUGGGGCAGUAUCAUUUGGGAAGAGGUCAUAUCGGUGCAUCUAUGAAAGCGAAGCUUUUUCAUUUGCUGGAACAGCGUGCAAUUUCCUGGUAGAGUGUCUACAUUUCCCAGGUUCCAGCUGCCUAUAUAUUGAUUAUUUCCCUAUGCUUGCUAAAUCUUUUCACUUUUUCUCACAGUCGGUAUUUCGUCCUGCCUUUAUGGAGAGGGAGUGGUUACACUAACAUGUUCAUCCAAGGUACCAUCUUCUCACGAGAUUAAUGCUCAUAGCGACCAGAGUUUGCAAUAAUUCCCGUGUUCCUUGCCAAAUUUACAGGAUAAUCAUGCCUUUAUUUUCAUCCUCGUUAAAUGAUUUAUUUUUCACCUCAUUGGCGGAUAAUUAUGAGUUUUCUGUGGAUCACCACAUUUACCCACUCAGAAACGAAGAAAUCAUAAUGUUUCAAAGAUUUUUUUGCUUCGAAAUUUCGUUUCUAGUGGUGCGGCACUCAAGAACAAACGACUGGUGCUCCCCAUGGAACGGCCCCUGUUGCCAUUCUCUCUCUUGAUUUCCUGGAACUGCUGAGAACUGUUGGUUUAUAGUGCAGAUGCCGCACGUCCUCAUCACAGGCCUGGAAGACUACAAGGCGAGGGGGACCCAAGCAAGCCCCUACCUCACCGUCACCUACUACAAGGAUUUCGCCGAGAGCAAGGACGUGGUGCUCGUCCGCGGUGACGUCGUGUUCACCAGCAAGCUCAGCGACCCUGAGGCGAAGUGGCUCAUAGAGACGGCCCAAUCCUUCUACCUGAACGACGGGAGGUACAAGCUGGUGGAGCGAUUCAACAAGGAGACCCACGAGUUCGAGUUCGCCGACGUCCUCCGGGCGCUCGACAUGCCGUCUGGGUGA